UUGUCUGAAGGACAGUGUGGCAGCCCUGCCAAUCCCAACCCGCUGCUGAUUUGUUUCUAGGUUAGCUUUUUGGAGGGGUACUUCAAACUACUAAAGAGAGUAAUAGGCAUCGUGUAUUAUGUCUUUCCCGAAAAUACCCCCUACGUCGCUGAACUCCACGCCUACACCUGAGGGCAAAAAAUCAAAAGUCUCCGCAUCCAAAGAAGAGACAGGUCUUCCUGAGCUAAGGGAGAAAAAAAAUAUGGUGGAUCAUUCCAAAUCCCUUCCUACUUCCCUUCAGAAUGAAUUUAUCCCUAAAGAAGUUUUUCUUUCUUUGAGCUGUGCAGCCAAUGCUGGUCCUUGUCCUGAAAAUUUACUGCCUCCCAAGAAAAUUAAAACCCCAAAGGGAACUCUUCCACGCCUUGUUGACCAUGUCUGGCAUCACCCUGUUCGAAGGAGUAAGUUCAAAUACCUGAUUGACCAUCCUGUUUCCCUAACAGGAGCUGGAAGGGAUGUUUCUUUCCUGUAUGAUGUGAAAUAUGUUAAAGGAGAGACUCGGGAAAAUACAGUUUGUCCCCCACCUUUGGACCAUUCAUUACAGUCACAUGAUGAUGUCAUUGUGACUCAUAAGCCAAAGAAACUAACAGAUACUUUGAUUCCUGAAGAAUUUCAUAUUGUGUCAAAUACAGGAGUUUCAGGUUUGGAGUGUUACGAUGACAAAUAUACUACUCUUCUCACAGAUAGUGAAAACAGGCUAUUGCUCUUCCCAUCCAUGAAACCUAAUAAAAGAGUAGAAGUGGUCCAGCUGAAUGAUGUGAUGGAUACUAUGCUAGAGAGGGCUGGUGUGGAAAAUGAAGAAUAUGCGGGGCCAACCCAGAUGCACAAACUACUACAUAUGUUGAAGAAGGAACAGACCAUUUACAAUACAGUGUUGCAUGAACUUAUUCGACAAGUCAGUGUGGACUGUGCAGAUAGAGGAGAACUACUGUCUAAAAUCAGAGAGCGGUAUGUGCAAAUGCUUGACCAAAUCGCCCGGCAAAUGAUUGACUUCUAUAAAGACUUGGUAACUCAGCGAGUGCUGGACCAGCGCAUUUUAGAAGAAUUGUACAAUUUUAAGAAUGUUAUUGAGGAACUGACCAGGGAGCUGUGUCUGGUUCGGGCACAUGAUAUGAAAUUAACAAUAGAAGCAGAGAAGGCACACAAGGAUUUGGCUCAAGCUCUCUUAGAUGCUGAAAAGAAUGCCAAAAUUGUAGAAGAAUACCAUGACUUAUAUACAUUUCAAAGAGGAAGGAUGGAAAAUGAUAUUAAACAGUUAAUGGUAGAAAGAGAUAUCUGGAGCUCAGCUGCAUAUGAGUUGGCUCUAAAGGUAAUUGAAAGAAAUAGAAUCAUAUUAGCUAAAAGACUUUACCUCAGUGAAAAAGGCUGGAAUAAAUAUGCUCAGCAUUUCAUCAUACUGCUGUCGGCCAAGGACACAGCAGACCUUGCACAGCUGCAAAAGUUGACCCAGAAAUGGAGAACCUUAAUGAAUACAUUUAAACAGGAAGUGGAACAAAGUGAAGAAUCAACAAGGGAGAAACUGCAAAUUGUUAAGGAUGGCCUUAUCAAAUGGCAGCAGUUCUUCAGAAAUAAUAAUGAAAAGGACAUUUUAUCCUCUAAUAAAGGAAAUAGCCUCGAAUCAGUUCUUCUAGACUUAAAGCAGUGGCAAAAGCUGCUGAAGGACGAUAAAGAGAAGUUUACUGGAGAUCAUCUAGUGUCCAAAUAUAAUUCUCUCAAGAUUAUUAAACAUUUACAGGAAAGCUGGAUAGAUAUUGGGCUUGGGAUAUUUGAUUGCCAUAAAAGUAUUAAGGGGGAGAUUCCACCCGAGCAGCAGCACAUGGAGGAAACUGUGAAAAGCAUAGGAAGACUCUACAAAGAAUUUGAAAUAAGAAUAAAUGGGGAUAAUGGUAUUCCUAAAGUUCUUGCAGGUUUGAUUAGUUCUCUUGACUUCUGUUCUUUCAAGUUGGAAAGCCUCCUGGCGUUACCUGAAAUGAUUCUUGAAGAAUGGUCAGAACUUAGUGAAAAAUUUAAUGAAAUGAAAUCUCAGUUGGAUGCACUGUUAAACAUUAUUGGCCCUGUUCCGCAGGACACGGACAUGGAUUCUGGCUCGGUACUCCAAGCACGUAUAUUUAACAUGAUUCAGCAGUGGCUUUUGAAGAUAGGCAAUGAGAUUAACAAUGGUAACACUGAACUUCAGCAUCAAAUGGAUGAAUUGCAUACAUCUAUGGUCCAGUGGAUGGUAAAUUUGCUGAUUUUAAUGAUACCUGACUUUACUGAUCAAGACACUCUCCCAGCAUUGGAGGAGGAAAGCGCUAAGAAACAUGAUAUAGGAGUUGGAGAGUUAGAACUAGAGGCAACUGCACUGGCAAGAAAGUUGUCCCAAUACACCAGCUAUUUGAGAAGUUGUUGCAAAGGGAUGGUAACAGCUAUGGCUCUGAAUAAGGCAGGCCACUUAGAAAAACAUCCUACGAAGGAACUUUGUGAUCUGGAUAAGAUGAAGAGAGAAUGUUAUGAGUGGAUCACCACAUGCUCUUACCUCCUUUCUGGGAUGAAGGGCAGAGAAAUAAAGUUACUGACACAAAAAGAAGAAGAGCAACUAUUUGGAGAGGAGAACAUUGUAAAAGAAUUUAUUCAACCUGAAACAGACAAGUCUUCUAAAGAGGAUGAAGAAGAAAGUAAGGAGGAUGAGAAACAUGAGGAGGAAAAGGAAGAAGAGAAAGCAGAAGAGAAACCUUUGGCAUCUGCAGAGGAAGAAAAGCUCAUUCGAUUCAUUGGAAAAGAUGAAAAUGUUCAUUCCAAACCUCUCUUUGGAACAGAUUUGUUGUCUUCCUGGAGAGAAUCAGCUAAUCAAGGUACACUGGCCCCAAAGUAUCUUGAAGCAAUGGCCAUAAUUGAAUGCAUGCAGGAAAAGUUAAUGGAGGUUGAAAGCAGAGCCAGAGAAGCAGAGGAGAAGUUUGAGGAUGUAAAUGAGAAACUUCAUUACACCCUUAUAAGAAAUAAAGAACUAGAGGAAACACUGAUGAAGUUUAGAGAGAAGGAGCCUGAAGAAGAAGAAGAAGAAAAAGGCGGAGAAAGAGGAGAAGAAGAAGAUGACAAAGAAGAGGAAGAAGAAGAAACCAGGCCAGUAGAAAGUUCUUCAAAAUCUCUAAAGAAAGGUGAGGCUUGCUUUCUCACUGUGCUUUAUUUAGGUUGUAUUUAUGAAGAAAAACUUGAUUGGGUCACAAAUACUUUAGAAGAGUAUCAAUACGUUUAG